UUCAUGGGACCGGGAUGUGAGGGGCUCAUUCCCUGCCCCUCUUACGUAAGCCUGCAGCUCUGAACAUGCAACUCGAUCGGGUCCCGCAGAUAUGAAGUGUGAAGAAGCUGAAAACAUUGACGAAUUAAAUAAUAUGCCUGUAGAUUCUAUUCGGAUCGAACCCUAUUUGUUGAAGCUGAAACAAAAAGCAGAGGCAGAAAAAAGCAUUCGAUUCUUGGAUUCGUCGAAAACUUUUUUGAUAAGGUUUUUGCGAGCCAGAGACUUUGAUGUUGAAUUGGCGCUCAAGCUGUUGAUUAACUAUCAUAAAUGGAGACAAGAAUGUCCAGAAAUAACUGCUGAUCUGCGUCCAUCAUCCAUCAGAGGACUGCUCCAAAACAAUUACCAUGGAGUUUUGACAUCACGAGAUGAUACUGGAAGUCAAGUUUUAAUCUAUCGGAUUGGUCAGUGGAACCCCAAAGAAUUCACUGCUUAUGAGGUUUUUCGUGUGAGCCUCAUUACAUCAGAGCUUAUUGUUCAAGAAUGGGAAACUCAAAGAAAUGGACUCAAAGUCAUUUUUGAUCUUCAAGACUGGUGCUUUGCUCAUGCUCUGCAGAUAAAUCCUUCUUUGGCAAAAAAGUUAUCAUCUGUACUUACGGACUCCUUUCCUUUGAAAGUACGCGGCAUACAUUUGAUAAAUGAGCCCAUUUUUUUCUGUCCCGUCUUUGCCAUGAUCCGUCCAUUUCUACAAGACAAAAUCAAACAAAGGGUUCAUAUGCAUGGAAGUUCAUAUGUCCAGAGUCUCUGUGAUUAUUUUCCAAAGGCUAUCCUCCCACCUCAGUAUGGAGGCACAGGACCCAGCAUAGAUGAAGUGUGCCAAGAGUGGACCGAAUACAUCAUGCAAUCUGAAGACCUUCUCCAUAAGCUCUCUAUAGACUUAGGCGGAGGAAAUCCAUCUCAGUCAUCCGUCCAUGAAUGAAUACAAUGAAGGUACAAGAUGCCAUGUGCUCUUUGUUAGAGGUGAUAUUACAACUGCCGCCGUGAAAGUUUACAUUCUUUCUCUUUAAUUUCUGUGAAAAUCAGAAUAAUGUUACAGAGACUACACACUCCACCAGGCGUACUAUUACUGAAUUUUUCUUAUAUUGCACAGGAUUGAAUGGUGCAGCUUUUCAAAUUGUCUUCUCAUACUCCAGACUGGAAAGAUCAUUUGCACUGUCAAAAGUGACAUUCCCACAGUUACCUAUUUUAAUGGAGUCAUAUUUUUGGAUAAUGAGAUUUUAAUUAAUUCUUUAUAACACAGAUAGUCAGUUGACAUUUCAAGUACUUGAUAAACCUCUGAUGAUACAAUAAUGUAUGUGAUAUCUGUCUGCACAGGAAGUCAAUGACUAGAAUGCUGUCCAAGACUGAAACAUAAAAGUGCCUUCCUUUUACUUUUGUUUUAACAAUGGACAAUUAUGCUGCAACUGUUUAAAGCGAUCAUAUUCUCUGAAAUGAAGGAACUAUAACUGGACCUUUUUUAAUAUAUUUGAAUUAGAAAGCCUCUGUUAGAUUAAAUGUAAAUGUAAAUUGAAGCCUUUUGCAUUUACAAAAACAACUUAAAACAUGUCCUUAUUGUGUGUACAGCAAGUGGGAGAGUACAGUGGCACUUUGGUCUAGUGCCUUUUGUUCAGACUCUUAAACAAAUAAGACUAAUGACCUUACUAUAGCGCUUCAUGUUGACCAUUUCUUUGUAUGUUAACAUUUUGAAACCCUGUACAUAUUUGUUUUUACAGUUUAUUUUCUAACACAUGAUGUGUUUGAAAAUCACUCUUUUACAUUAGUAGUUCAUUAUUUAAUUGUCCUAAUUUGUUAACCUCUAAUCUCAUUGUUUACUUUAAGAGGCACUUUUUUAUUUAAAUAUAAAUUAUAAUGUGAUAAUAAAAACUGUUGAACCAAACCUAUAAAAUCAUAAGAAGGAGGUGUCCACAUACUUUUGGCCAUAUAGUCUAUAUUCAAAAAUCAUCCAGCUAUAGCAGAAUCUUAUUUUUUAUAGCUUAGUGGUUAAGGACAUAAAAUGAACUGAAUGUUCAGCCCCUAUGGGGCAACCCAGGAACUAAGGAGAUACGAAGAUAACAAUCCUCCCUAUCACCAUGUUGUCAUU